CUCUGUCCUAGGGGCAUCCAAGAGCUGCUGAGACCCGGGGCGAGCCUCGGUGGUGGUGGGAAGGGGGGCCCGGGGCUGGGCCCGCCCCCGCCGAGUGGGCGGGGCCGGGGGCGGGGCGGAGCGCCCCCGCGCGCUCGGUGCGCCCCCGGGCCGGCAAGCCGGCCGAGUUCCGGGCCGCGUCCUCCCGGCUGAGCCGCCGCGCGUCGCGGGAGCCGCGGGGACGGCGCUGGGCUGAGCGCGGGGCUGCGGGUGCGCGGCGACCGCGAGCGCCGAGCCGGCCCCGGGAGCGCGCCGUGCCGCCCCGGCCAGGACCUGCCCCGGACCGCCGCGCGCGCCUCCGGGACCCGGGGCCCCGCAGGUGCCGCCCCUCCUCGCCGCCAACCAUGGAGCCCCCGGUCCAGAUCUUCCGCGGGGAGCCGGGUCCCACCUGCCCCCCGAGCACCUGCCUGCCCCCCAACGGCAGCGGCUGGCCGCCGGGCUGGGCCGAGAGCGACGGCAACAGCAGCGGGGGCUCCGAGGGCGCGCCGCUGGAGCCCGCGCACAUCUCUCCUGCCAUCCCGGUCAUCAUCACCGCGGUCUACUCGGUGGUGUUCGUCGUGGGCUUGGUGGGCAACUCCCUGGUCAUGUUCGUGAUCAUCCGAUACACAAAGAUGAAGACAGCAACCAACAUUUAUAUAUUUAACCUGGCGUUGGCGGAUGCUUUAGUUACUACAACCAUGCCCUUCCAGAGCACCGUCUAUCUGAUGAAUUCCUGGCCAUUUGGGGACGUGCUGUGCAAGAUUGUCAUUUCCAUUGACUACUAUAACAUGUUUACCAGCAUAUUCACCUUGACCAUGAUGAGUGUGGACCGAUACAUUGCUGUGUGCCACCCCGUCAAGGCUUUAGACUUUCGCACACCCAUGAAAGCAAAGAUCAUCAACAUCUGUAUUUGGCUGUUAUCGUCAUCUGUCGGCAUAUCCGCGAUAGUCCUUGGAGGGACCAAAGUCAGGGAAGACGUGGAUGUCAUCGAGUGCUCCUUGCAGUUCCCAGAUGACGAGUACUCCUGGUGGGACCUCUUCAUGAAGAUCUGUGUCUUCGUCUUCGCCUUCGUGAUCCCUGUCCUCAUUAUCAUCAUCUGCUACACGCUGAUGAUCCUGCGCUUGAAGAGCGUCCGUCUCCUCUCUGGCUCCCGAGAGAAAGAUCGUAACCUCCGUCGGAUCACCAGGCUGGUCCUGGUGGUGGUGGCGGUCUUUAUCAUCUGUUGGACCCCCAUUCACAUCUUCAUCCUUGUGGAGGCCCUGGGGAAUGCUUCUCACAGCACCGCUGCCCUCUCUAGCUAUUAUUUCUGCAUCGCCUUGGGCUAUACCAACAGCAGCCUGAACCCCAUUCUCUAUGCGUUUCUGGAUGAAAACUUCAAGCGGUGUUUUAGGGACUUCUGCUUUCCAGUUAACACGAGGACGGAGCGACAGAGCACCAGUAGAGUCCGAAACGCCGUUCAGGAUCCUGCUUACGUGAGGGAUGUUGAUGGGACAAAUAAACCAGUAUGACUAGUCGUGGAGAUGUCUUCCUACAGUUCUUCGGGAGGAGAAGAGUUUAGUGAUCUAGGGUUAACUCAGAUCAGCACCGAAGUCUGAGAUGGAAAGGUAGAAUCUUUAACAAACUUUUAGAAGUCUCGUGGUCUGAAGUCCUAUGAUGCUGGCUGGGUUAGCGACCCAGGUCAGCGGAAGCAUCGAGGCCGUAGGGAUGGGGUGGAGAAGACUUGAGUAAGCGAAUCCAGCCCCUUUCUAGGGCAGGGAAGCACGGCUGAUUCUGAGUUCCUUUGAUGAACAAAGAAAUAAGCCUUUUCUCUUCUGGUUACCUAAAUUUAGUCCGGGCCCCACCUGCUGCGGCCUUCCCGUGCAGUGCGGUUCCAAAAGCUCUGUUGAGGAAAAAAGACAGGACAAGACAACACCUUGGUUUCAGAGCUCAGUGGGCCUCCAAUCCAGAUGCUUGACGUUGACGACGACCACCUGAAUACAAACAAGGACCGUUCCUAGGGCACGUGCCCCGCUCGCUUGAUGCUUUGUGGACGCCCUUCACGUGGCUGUGCGGUGAGGGUUCCGGCGGAGGCAGGGCUCAGACCCACACCUGAGGUGUCUGCUUACGUAUAACAGGAAGUUACCUUGAUACGUAUGAAGUUACUUUCAACAGACCAAAGGUGGUUUCCAACCGAGUUGAGUUUCUUAGAAGCCACAGUCGGUUUUUCAGCAUGCCAUUCAGCUAAAUAAUUUCAUGACAAUGCGUGUCUUCAAAUACCACCGAGAGUGUAUAUAGCUAUACCUGUAAAUAAUAGUAGAUACAUGCGAGUACGAAAUGGGCUUGCCUUCCAGCCAGCCACUCUCCCGAGGGCAUACUAACACGAAUCCCCUGAGUUAGUGAGAGCUGAUGCUGAGACAUUUGGGGACAACGUAAGCUUCUUUCUGGGAGUUGGUCAGGUGCCGUCUUUUUCAGACCCGUGAGUGCCAUUUAGUCCUUCAACGGUACUCACAACGCACGUAUUAAUCAAUUAUGAAAUAUGGUACUCAUUCCCCGGUUGUUGACUUGGCAGAAUCUAAUCUACAUGCAGCGUCUCUUCGUGAAUAUAUAGCUGCUACCAAAUUCUCUCUCUCCGGGGAGGGAGGGGGUUUUGCCCAUGUUAAUCUUGGGCUAGGAUCGUGUGGCCUUCAGCAGGAAGUAGAAACGUUCCGAAGUGUGGGCCGAACGAGGACGUGAUGUCCCCCGUGGUGCUUGGACACAACCUUGCACUGUGUUCCGUGAAGAGUGUACCAGCUGAGGAUAGUGCUGUGGGCAGCACAUUUAGGAUAAUUUGGCCAAAACUUCCAGAUGACAUAGUCUCCUUUCUUUCCCCCUGAAACUUACGAUUUCAGAGGUAAUGGCUUUUUCUGUAAUUUGCCUGGGCAGAAGAAAUGGAUAAGUUAGAAAUAACACCCAAUCUCUUCUGUGUUCCUAGGGCAGCAUCCCCUGGAAUUUAGUGGGAAAUCAAAUGUAUCGGCCUACAUGCUCAUAGGCACCAUCACAGCUGUCAUUUCUGUUCAUGGUGUACUUUCUGUCUUGUGUAUAUACUCUCUCCUUUUGGAAACAAUUCUUGCCCUGAGGGUUUUAUAUUAUGGCUUCAGAAUUUUACUACAAUGAUAUUUGUGUAUAUUCCAGAUUUCCAUGGCAUCUAAUAGAUGACGUAAGGCAGAAAGGCAAGGUUCCUAAUGAACACGAAGUACUCCUUUGAGCGUUUCUUAAAUUUCAUUGAUUUUCUCGGGUGGCUUUGUAUUCCUGUAACAAAAUGUAGGUAGGAAGGGCUUAAAUAUUGAUUGGCAUUCGCCGUAUGGUUAAAAAUCGUGGCUAUCAUAUGGGAGGGGUAUUUAUACAGAGAGUAGUUCCAGAAACAAACCCUACUGGUGUGAGAAAUAUAAAAAUCUCUUUAUGGAACACUAAGACCCGGGAGGGUUUCUUGAAGGAUUCUUAAGAGGUACAAAAAUAAAAUAGAGACACAAUCAUGGAAUGAAAUUACAGUAAUGGGUUUUCUUUCAAUUAGCACCCCGUGCGCCCUUAUGGCAUCUAUGGCCAUUAUUGGAUUCUGAAUUUUAGCCAGAUUAUCCUGCUCGUUUUUAUGUCUAAGUUUGCAGCCCAAGAAGUAGCUCUAAGUGCCCAUGAGGGCUGUACAAAUUUCUCUAUUAUUGUGGGCACCAAUUUCCGCAAACUAGAAGAGGGGAGAGAGUGGCUUGUCAUUUUAGGGCACUACUUUAAAGGAUGAAAAAGUGAGUCAUAUAUAUUAGGAAAAAUACCACUUACACAAAAGUAUUUACUUGUCAGAAGUGUGUAUGUGUGUACACGUGUGCAUGCGUGUGUGAGGAAUUACAUGGGCGUGUGUGUCUUUGUGUGCUUAAGUGUGUGCAUGUGCUUGACGGUGUGUGCAUGCAUAUGUGAAAGUGUGAGUAUAUCUCUGCAUGCCUGCCUGUGUGUGUGCAUGUAUGUGAAUGUGUAUCUAUGUUUGUGUAUGUGAGUGUGUGUGAGUAUAUGUGCUUGUGUAUGCAUGUGUGUAUGUGUGUUUGUGUGUAUGUGUGUUUGUGUGCGUGCGUGUGCACAUGCGUGUGUGUGUGACAAUGUAUGUUUGUGUCCUGCUGUCCCAUCACAGCGAGGAGGGCACGCUGUCUGCUGUGUCUCUUUGAGACCAGAAUUGUGUGUAUCUAAUCUCGAGGUCAACUCUACAUAAACUCCAUCUUCCCACCCUGGUGACUUCUGGAAGUUCAAAUCUAGUGAGGGGGUCAUAAAAAAAAUAGAAAUGAAACAUCCAUGCAGGAUGCAGCAAGGAGGGUGAAAACGUAGAAUUCUAACUGGAAGGAGACUGGAACCACCAUUAAUGUCUCAGAAAUACUCCAGAAUCUAAGGGCUCCCCUUUGCAAAGAACAUAAGUCAAAACUCAAAGCAUAAUACUAAAAAAGAAGCAGUUUGGAAAGCUACUUUUGAAAAACAUGAGGGAAUAUCCACGUAAAUCCUAAGAAAGUUGUUCCAUUCUGUGAUGAAUUACCAAGAAAUACAAGUUCUUAAGUCUGCAGACCCAUUAUAAGAGAAUUUAUAGAUGUUUCAUCUAGUAUUGGGACAUAAUAAGAUAAAUGGGCUGGAACAAAAAUACAUUGGAGGGCGCCUGGGUGGCUCAGUCGUUGAAGCGUCUGAUUCUUGAUUUUGGCUCAGGUCAUGAUCUCACGGUUUGUGGGUUUGAGCCCUGUGUUGGGCUCUGCUCUGACAGCAAGGAGCCUGCUUAGGAUUCUCUCUCUCUCCUUCUGCCCUUCCCCUGCUUGUGCUUUCUCUGUCUCUCUCAAAAUAAAUACACUUUUAAAAAAAGGAAUACACUGGCUUUAAAUGAGAUGUUUUAAAGGAAAAACUAUGACAAGGCUGUAUGUCCAUCCAAUGAGAUUUAUUCUCUCAACAAGAGCUGUUUGGAAGAUUCAGCAUAAAUAUGAAAAUCCCACCCCUAAAGGACAUAAACCUGUUUGUCUUAAGGCCGUUUUCUUCUCUGAAACAAAAGUAUACUCCUAUAUUCUUCAGUGUAUAUUAUUUAUAUCUUGCAAUUUUGGAAGGUGAUAAGUAUGCAUUGUAUAUAAGAUUGUGUGCCUUGUGGUAAAAUAAAAAUUGCACCUGCUCAAAACACA